UUUGCAGAGGGAGUGCUGCUAUAACAUUUAUAUUUUUUAAAGAGGGUUACAGGUCAGAAGUCAAAGCUAAAAUUCACUCAUUUCCCCUCAGUUAUCUGCACUGCUUUGAAGAAGUACAGUCCAAAAUCAUGGUGUCACUGUUCCUGCUGUCCCUACCUCUGCUCCCUGUGGUCAUCACACUUUGUCGCUCACCACUGCGGGCUCUUUAUCAUCGUGUGUGUGAGAGAGUGCUGAAGGUCCUGCGUGGGAAAGUAUGUGUCAGACGCACACAUGCCUACAUCUUCUGUGAGUGUACUCACGGCCAGGCUGAAAGCGUGCUGGCCUCGUUCGACCUUUACAUCAAAACGCACGCUUCUUUCAGCAUCGGGCCAGAAAAAGGUGUGUUCCUGGACGAGGUGGUACGACGCGAGGCUCCACUCAGGGUGCUGGAGUUGGGCAUGCACUGUGGCUACACCUCCGUCCGAAUACUGCGCCUGCUUCCCACCUCCGGCAAACUGCUCACGGUGGAGGUGGACCCGCUUACUGCCGAGAAAGGCGAGGAGAUCCUACUUGUUGCAGGUUUCAAAAACUCACAGUUCCAGGUGCUACCCUGCUCCUCAGCUGAAGCCAUCUCCAGGUUAGCAUCUCACCUCGGUGAGGACCUUUUGGACCUAGUGGUGAUGGAUCACGACCCUGAGCAGUAUCUCCCAGACCUUCUGGCCCUUCAGAGAGAGAAUCUGCUCUCUAAGCGCAGUGUCCUCAUAUUAAACAGAGUUGUGGAAGCCGGAGCUCGGGUCGUGCUGGAGUACCUCACCACCAGGCCACAUGACUACACCGUGCGCCAGCGGUUUAAAGACAUGCUGGAGAUCCGCUGCGGGAAUUCUGAGUCGUUUUAAACAUCACAUUGUGUAACAGAUCAAAAAAUUGUCCUCGAACCGUCUCAUUAUUGUUAUUUAUUUCGUUUCAAAGUAUAUUAUUAAGUGAUUGUUACAAAUUUUGGAACUAAAUAGAGAUGAGUUGAAA